AACGACUAAAUCAACCUGAUUGUCCCAUUCACAUCAGUCAAGCAGACCAUCAUGCAUAUCAGACUCCUAGAGACCUCUCUUCUCCUGCUCGUAGCCGGGGUGUCGCUGGCCCACUCGCCCCCGAAGCACAGCACCACAACAACAGCGAAAACGUCGACAUCCACAACCGCCACGACACACAGCAGCACAACAGCAGCGCCAGCCUCGACGUCCACAGCCUCCACGAGCACCGUCAGCAUACCAGCAAGCUGCACAUCCGACGUCCCCCCGGCUCUCACAAUGACAGCCUUCACCUGGUUCAACUCGACCCACAACCUCGACUGCGUCAACCCGAACUACCCAGCGGGCUCCACCGUCUGCUGGAACAGCACGUCCUUGUGUUCGGAAGGCGACGCCAACUGCGUCUGCACGCCGUUCUGCUACACCGGCCUGUCAUCGGCAGCAUAUCAGCCUCUCGGCUACGGCCCGCCCGACUCCAUCGACAUCACCAUCGACGGAGGCACGUGCUACCAGGUGGAGCCGAAGGGCUACCGCGAUUACGAGCUCGGCGAGGGUCACUUUGACUGUGGCAGCGCGGCGGACCAGAUCGGCUUCUAUGGGAACUCUAACAGCAAUACAGGCAACGUGGGCAGCGUGUACUACAAUGCGUACUAUGCCACUGGCGUGGGUUCCUGCAACGAUCAGAUCCCGAGCUAUGGGGCAAGUUUUCCGCUCGAGUGCACGCGUGAUCAGGGCGGCAAUGCUACUUGUACUGCGCCGGUGCCGAUAGUUUUGCCGUUGACUGGGUGGGUCUGAGUUUGGUGUGAUUUCUUGCUAUACCAGUAGGAGCCUCGAUAGGAAAUCAGGAGGCUUUGCCAAUUCAUGACCUUGGUCAAUCCAGUCUGACCGAAAAGUGUUUAUCAAGUACAGCUCCAGGCGGUAUAGUAAUGAAUUAUGUAUCAUAUGAAUAAUAAUAAAAGCGUAUUUGAGUGAC